GAAAUAUAAUAGAAAACCAAUUCCAACUAUCGCCAAUACGAUACUAAAUACAUACAUCCUGUUUUCCUUCGUCGCGAAUUAAUAUUUUAAGAUGUCCGCACCGAUUUUUUGAGCGUCGAAAUAUUGCAAUCGUCGCGUUUGUUGCCCGUGCCCGGACGCAGCGACUUUUGUAGAAGAUGUUUACAAUCGUGUGUGGAUAAGUACAUAUUUCAUAAAAGUACGGGGGAAAAAGGUUUCAAGCAUCAGCAUCAGUAUCAAAAUCUGAAAAGUUUCCGGCAAACAAAUUGUAGAAAUUAUUUCAAUAAAUGCUCUGAACGCGAUCGGCUUGAACUUGAAGUUAAUGCAGCGGUAUAAUGAUAAUGAUAAUGCUAAUACUCACUAACCGGCCGGUGUUCACCAAAUUUCAAGGCACGUGCUAUCGCAUUUAAAGAGGUUUAGCAGUGAAACCAAAAGGAAACAAUAAAUAGAACUGGAGAAGAAUGAGUGUACCGUUUGUGAGGUCCUCGAGUUCGGAUAACUCUUCCAAUAAAAUCAAACCGAUCAUAUAUUUGAUCUUGCAUUUCAACAUUUGCCUUCAUCAUAUCAGCGCGUCUUCAUUUUUGAAUGUCAAUGACUUGACAACCAUAGAUCGGCCUUACUUUGACGACAUAAGUCCAAGGAAUGUGUCUGCCGUUGUCGAUGAAGCUGCAAUUCUAAGAUGCCGUGUCAAAAAUAAAGGCAAUCGUACUGUCUCCUGGAUGCGUAAGCGAGAUCUCCACAUUCUAACAACAAACAUAUACACCUAUACCGGUGAUCAACGCUUUUCGGUCAUACACCCCCCCAGCAGCGAUGAUUGGGAUCUAAAAAUCGACUACGCACAACCAAGGGACAGCGGAAUUUAUGAGUGUCAAGUAAACACUGAACCCAAAAUAAAUUUGGCAGUUACACUGGAAAUCACAGCUGAGAGCGAUAUCAGGGAUAGAAAUUCGGAGAGACUUUACUAUGACUCUAAAGCUGCCCGGGCCAAAAUAUUGGGAUCUACGGAAAUACACGUUAAACGAGAUAGCACCAUCGCCCUGGCUUGUUCUGUAAACGUGCAUGCGUCUUCUGUUUUAUGGUACCAUGGCUCAUCGAUUGUUGACUUCGAUUCCUUGCGUGGCGGCAUCAGUUUGGAGACCGAGAAAACGGAUGUAGGCACCACAAGUCGAUUAAUGCUUACUCGGGCAUCGUUAAGGGACUCUGGUAACUACACUUGUGUGCCCAAUGGGGCCAUACCUGCCUCCGUACGGGUACACGUGCUAACAGGCGAACAACCGGCAGCGAUGCAGACGAGUGUUGCCAAUGGGAAUAGUGCUUGCUCCGCAAUCAUCUUUAUGUGUUUGAUCAUAUCAGAGGAAACGUUGUUAAGAAUCUCAAAUUUAGCCCAAUAUAUACAUCGAAGUCAGAGAUGACUAACUUAGGAAACUUAGCCAUAAACUGAAAACGUACUUUUAAGCUUAAAAACAUAUUUCAAUGGAACGAUUGUAAAAGAACGUGUUUACCAAAGUAUUCAAUAUACAAUAUUAAGUGUAAUUCCUAUAGUCAUAUGCAAUAAAAAUUAUAAUAUGUAAUACAUAUAUACGUAUAUAAAA